AUGAGAUCAUUAAUUGACCCAGAACAGACAAUAUCAGGAUUCAGCAAACAGUGUGGAAGUUCAGCGGUCAUUGAGACCCAGGCUUCACACAGAGUCUCAAAUCUUCUCGCCAAUGAGUAUCAAAGCACGCUGGAGAAGUGGUUUCAGACGACGCGGGACGCUAGAAAUUCGGAAAUGAACUCAGUGGCCUUUGACGAUGUGGCUAUAAACUUCACCCAGGAAGAGUGGGCUUUGUUGGAUCCUUCCCAGAAGAAUCUCUACACAGAUGUGAUGCAAGAAGUCUUUAGGAACCUGACUUCUAUAGAGAAUGGGUGGGAAGACCAGAACAUUGAGGAAGACAAAAAUCCUGAGAUAAAUCUAAGGCACGUCAUUACUGACUCUGGAUACAACCUAUGUGAAAGUGAAGAAUAUUCAGAGAAGCCAUAUAAAUUUACACAAUAUAGGAACUCUUUCAUUUCUCUUAUGAGUAUUCAAAGACAUAUGAUAAUGGAAACUGGAAGUAAACCUUAUAAAUGUAUGCUAUGUGGGAAAGCCUUUCAUUUCCCCAGUGAAUUUAGAAUACAUCUAAGAACGCAUACAGGAGAGAAACCUUAUGAAUGUAAACAAUGUGGUAAAGCUUUCAGUCAUUCCAGUUCCUUUAGAAAACACGAGAGAACUCAUACAGGAGAGAGGCCCUAUGUGUGUAAACAAUGUGGGAAAGCCUUUAAUUGUUCUGGUUCCAUCCGAAAACAUGAAAGAACUCAUACCGGAGAGAAGCCCUAUGAAUGUAAACAGUGUGGAAAAGCCUUCAACUGUCCCAGUUAUCUUCAGAUUCAUGAAAGAAGUCACACUGGAGAGAAGCCCUAUGAAUGUAAACAGUGUGAUAAAACAUUCAGUUGUUCCAGCUCCCUUCGAAAACAUGAAAGAACUCACACUGGAGAGAAGCCUUAUGAAUGUAAACAGUGUGGGAAAGCCUUCAGCUGUUCCAGCUCCUUUCGAAAGCAUGAACGAACUCAUACUGGGGAGAAGCCCUAUGAAUGCAAACAGUGUGGUAAGGCCUUCUUUUCUCUCACAAGUGUUCGAACACACAUGAUAAAACACACUGGAAAUGGGCCUUUUAAAUGCAAUGUGUGUGAGGAAGUGUUCCCUUUUUCCAGUGUAUUUAGAAGACAUCAAACAUCUCAUGCUGGAGAGAAGCCCUAUAAAUGUAAACAAUGUAGUAAAUGGUUUAGUUCUCCCACUUCACUUCAAAUACAUGAAAGAACUCAUAAUGGGGAAAAACCCUAUGUGUGUAAGCAAUGUGGGAAAGCAUUCAGUUGUCCCAGUUACAUUCGAAAACAUGAACGAACUCAUACUGGGGGAAAAUCCUAUCCAUGUAAACAGUGUGGCAAGUGGUUUAGUGCUUCCAGUUCUCUUCAAAUACAUGAAAGAAUCCAUACUGGAGAAAAACCCUAUAAAUGUAAACAAUGUGAUAGAGCAUUCAGUCGAUCCACUUCCAUUCGAAAACAUGAGCAAACUCAUACUGGGGAGAAACCCUAUGAGUAUAAUGUGGGAAAGCCUUCACUUCCAGUUGAAAUUGAUUAUUAAAUAGCAGUCUUAUGAAUUUAAAUUUUGGUAAAUCCUCAAUUUCUCUCAUAGGCUUUUGAAUAAAAAUGAUAAAGCAUA